UGCGUGACGGACCUUCUCUUGCAACACAACCAACAUUGUUGAACUAAUAUGCCUACUUUCAAGAUUGUAGUUUUCGGAGGCGACGGAGUUGGACCUGAAGUCAUUGCAGAAGCUGUCAAGAUCCUCAAAGUCGUUGAGAAAGGAACGUCAGAUAUCAAGUUCGAGUUCGAAGACCACCUCUUCGGAGGCGCCUCAAUCGACGCCAACGGCACCCCUCUGACAGACGAGACCCUUGCUGCCGCGAAAGCUGCCGAUGCCGUUAUCCUCGGAGCCGUAGGAGGCCCUAAAUGGGGCACCGGCGCCGUCCGCCCUGAGCAAGGCAUCCUCCGCCUCCGCAAAGAGCUCUCCACCUUCGGCAACCUCCGCCCCUGCUUCUUCGCCUCCGACUCCCUCGUCUCCGCCUCCCCCCUCAAAGAAUCCGUCUGCCGCGGCACAAACUUCAACAUCGUGCGCGAACUCACCGGCGGCAUCUACUUCGGCGAGCGCAAGGAGGACGACGGCGACGGCACCGCCUGGGACGUCGAGCCGUACUCGCGGCCCGAGAUCGAGCGCGUCGUGCGGUUGGCCGGGGGUCUCGCGCUGGCCGAGGACCCGCCCGCGCCUGUGUGGAGUCUCGACAAGGCGAACGUGCUGGCGACAAGCAGACUGUGGCGGAAGGUGUUUGAGGAGGUCAUGACGAAGGAGUUCCCGAGCUUGAAGCACGGCACGCAUCUCAUUGACAGCGCGGCGAUGUUGAUGGUCAAGAAUCCGCGGGCGCUGAACGGGGUUAUUGUCACGAGCAAUCUGUUUGGUGAUAUCAUCAGCGAUGAGGCGUCGGUUAUCCCGGGUUCGCUGGGCCUGCUCCCGUCUGCAAGUCUGAGUGGGAUUCCGGACGGCAAGAAGAAGAUCUUUGGGAUCUACGAGCCGAUUCAUGGGUCGGCGCCGGAUAUUGCGGGGCAAGGUGUUGUCAACCCGAUCGCAACGGUGCUGUCGAUGAGCAUGAUGCUUAAGUACUCUUUCAAUCUGCCCGCGCUGGCAAAGAAGAUCGACGAGGCGGUCAAGAUUGUCAUUGACAACAACGUACGGACGAAGGAUAUCGGUGGUGAGGCCAAGACCGCGGAGGUUGGAGAUGCCAUUUCCGUGGAGUUGGAGAAGCUGCUGAAGGCGUAUAUGGUGGAUUAGGAAAAGAUACGAUGGUUUGGUUUCGUGUAGAUAUGUAAGUUGAUGGAAUAAUAACAUGUCGGAAUGACAUGCUCUUUGCUUCUGCGCCAUGCCCAGCAAAAUUGAAACUGCGGGUUUGAUGGGCAAAUAUUUGUAAACAUGACAGCUAUGCUAGGUAUUUUGCAGUCGUCUCAUGUCACUCAGAGCAGCGCGUGUUAAUUAGUGCCUAACACCAAUGGUUCCACGCGGUUGGAUCUGGGACUACUUGCAACUAAAGGAGCGAAAAGGAGGUUCAAAGUCAGCCACAUGUGUCAUGCUGUGUCUACCUAGAAUCGUUCUAUGCGGUUCAUUUUGUAGGUACUUG